GUCUAACAGGCAGAACCGGAUUCUCCAGGUGUGAAGUAAGCAAUCUAUUUUCACUUGCUAUUAACAGCAAACGUACAACUUUAUCUCUUAUUUGACUUCAUUAUUUGGCUUUCAAUUAACAAGAUGAAAACUAUACAGAAAUUAGCUUGUGAUCUGUAAGACAGAGAUUUAGAUAAUUUAUUCAAAAACAUUACAUGAGAUGAUACUCAGAUUUUCUCUCAAAGGCAGGACUCCAACACCGCAGGUGGAAAGUCAACAAAAGGAACAAGACAGAAAGGAGGAAAGGGAAGAUGAGAGACCGACUUCAAGAACUAAAGCAGAGAACAAAGGAAAUUGAACUCUCUAGAGACAGUCGUGAAUCAACUGCAGAAACAGAGGAACAAGGGGUAUUUCUGCAACAAGCUGUUAUUUAUGAAAGAGAGCCUGUAGCUGAGAGACACCUACAUGAAAUUCAAAAACUACAGGAAAGUAUUAACAAUUUGACAGACAAUGUUCAAAAAUUUGGGCAGCAACAGAAAAGUCUGGUGGCUUCAAUGAGAAGGUUUAGUCUACUUAAGAGAGAGUCUACCAUUACAAAAGAGAUAAAAAUCCAAGCAGAAUACAUCAACAGAAGUUUGAAUGAUUUAGUUAAAGAAGUUAAAAAGUCAGAGGGUGAAAAUGGUCCAUCAUCAGUGGUCACAAGGAUACUGAAAUUUCAGCACGCUGCAAUGUUCCGCCAUUUUCAGCAAACUAUGUUUAUAUACAAUGACACAAUAGCAGCAAAGCAAGAGAAGUGCAAGACAUUUAUUUUCCGUCAGCUUGAAGUUGCUGGAAAAGACACGACUGAAGAAGAAGUAAAUGAUAUGCUUCAUCAAGGAAAAUGGGAAGUUUUUAAUGAAAGCUUACUUACAGAAAUCAGUAUCACUAAAGCACAACUUUCAGAGAUUGAACAGAGGCACAAAGAACUUGUUAAUUUAGAGAACCAAAUAAAGGAUUUAAGGGAUCUUUUCAUUCAGAUCUCUCUUUUAGUAGAGGAACAAGGAGAGAGCAUCAACAAUAUUGAAAUGACAAUGAAUGAUACAAAGGAGUAUGUUAACAAUACUAAAGAGAAAUUUGGACUAGCUGUAAAAUACAAAAAAAGAAAUCCUUGCAGGGUACUGUGUUGUUGGUGCUGUCCAUGCUGUAGCUCAAAAUAAAGAAGCUAUUUUAAA